AAAAGACAAGAGGUACACACACACAGUACCAACUGCCUGAAUCAGCAUCUUAAUUAACAACAGCUCUGCAGUAAAUGCAGGCUCACACACGGCUAUUAAAUUAGCUGUCGAAAUUUCUCAGCGCAGGAGCUGGCCCAACUUGACCUGAUCUGUAACUAAUGUCAGCUUUAAGAUGGGGAAGAGAGGAGGGAAAAAGAGAAAUACAAAUAAGAAAUUUCCAGAAACAGUUCAGUUUCAUUUCUUGGAGAACCAGGAAGUUAUCGACAAAAUUGGAACACAGUUCCAAAUUAUGUUCAUCAUGAGAGGUUUACCAGGAUCUGGUAAAUCAACAUUGGCCAAAAGCAUCACUGAUCUCUAUCCCAAUACUGUCGUCUGUUCCUCUGACCAUUUCCUCAUGGAAAAUGACAUUUACAGUUGGACGCCAGAGAAACGUAACUUUGGCCACAAGUAUUGUUUAGAACUGGCUUCACGGAGUUGUGAAAUGAAAUGUCCAAUUAUUGUAAUUGAUAAUACAAACAUUCAGAAAAAAGAAGUUAAAGUUUAUACUGACAUGGCUUCUAAAUAUGGUUAUAUCACUAUUCUGGUAACCCCAAAUACACCCUGGAAUUUUGAUGCUUUCCAACUUGAGAAGCGCUGCUCUCAUGGAGUCCCUUUACAUACAAUACAGUACAAACUUACAUUGUAUGAUGAAAUCACACCAAUUUUCUAUGCCUGGUUUCUAUCCCAGGAAGAUGCCAACCGCAUCACUGAAAUGGCUUUAGAAUUGUUCUUUCAGUCCUUGAAAGAAAUUCCAGAAUUUUCUCUCCAGUUAUCGGCAAUGUAUGAUACAGAGACAGAUUAUGACCCAAAACAUCAUUAUGAUUCCUCAGAAAUAAUUCUGUCUUACUGCGUUGCUCACUUUCAUUCUGGAAAUACCAAUUUCCACAAGAGGAAAUCAGUGCAGAAAUCUAUUGGGAAAACCUUCCAGCUCUGUGUUUCUCAAAUUCUUAUCACUCCUAAUAUUCUUGCUGCUUUGGUUAAUCUUUCUGAAGAAGAAUUGGAAAUCUAUGGUGAAUCAGAACUUGGCAGUCCUUGUGGAAAAGAAGAAGAAGAGGAACAAGAGUUCACUGUUGUUGGCAAAAAAUCACACCAAGGUAAGAAAGGGAAAAAAUCUAAAACUGAAAAUGUUUUGUCUGAAGAAUCAAUGGAAAUUCUAAAACAAGCUGUUGAAGACAAACUUCAGUGUGUUUUGUCUCAGAUAACACCAGGCGUGGGUUUUAAUCGUCCUGGAAAGCAAAAUCUGAAAGAAGCAGAAUUUGGAAGUAAUGCAGAGAAGAAAUCUAUUGACGUUUGUAAAUUAUUAACUGAAAAUGACCGAGACAGCUUGAGCCAAGUCAGUAAUUCCAGUCGACGGACAUCUAAGGAAAAUAAUGAGAACAGUCAAAACCUUGGCAGGUUGAAUUCUAAUGCAGACGAAAUUCCAGUGCUAGGAGAAAAUAGUUCUAAAGGAGACCAACUGGAAGAAAUUAGAAAUGCUGGUGAGGUUACAGAGGCAAGACAAGAAGAUGAAGAUACUCAAAAGGAUACAGUCCAAAGUGGUCAAUUUCAAACUGAUUUUGAAACUAAAUGUGAACCAACAAAGAACAAUGUAAACACUACAAAGGGUCGGCAUGCUUGUAUUUUAUUGGCCAGUCGAGAUAAAAUAGACUUUAAUGAAAUUUCGAAAGAGAUAAGAAAAGUUUCAGAGUUGAAAGAUGAGAAAGACGGAAACCUGGAGCAAUUUUUGAAAUUUUCUACUGACAAUGCUCAAGGUUUCUAUUUUGGAAAAGGGACUUUUUUAAUGAAUUUAACAAAAAAUAUAUAUUUGAAGAGCAUUUUGUGUUUGUCCUCCCUCACUGUGUGACAAGUCCUCCCUCACUAUUUGACAAAUGUUGCUUUCUUUAUGUACCCUGUUGAUGGCCUCAAUCUACUCUCAAACUUGGACCGGGUGAAAUGGACCACUCCUCUCUCAAUCGGAAGCAGCUGUAUAUUGCAGCCAUUGCAAUGCAAUGAAUGCACAGUGGUGCCAAGUGGGUCACUUUUGGUCAGCAGAACUGGUAAUAUCAGAUGAACCAAAUGUCCAGCCAAGGUGCCCUGGGCUUUGUCCAUUAAAUUCAGCAAAUGAUAUUGAUAGAAUAAGGGUCAGGCUUAAAAAAUAUGUACUGUGGUCAAUUCAUUCAUUCAAAAUCCUUUGAAGUGGUGCCCCAGCAUGGGCACAGUCUAGUGACUGAUACAAAUGAAUGAUUGAAGAUAAAAGAGGUUGACGUUGGAGCUCAACACAGUCUUGCGGCUCGUUGGUUCCAGUCAAACUGCCCGACCCGUGCUGACAUGGGAAAGGGACAUUAGACGAUGAUGCUGUCUCUGCCACCAGUGAUGCUGAUGCUGACCUGUUUCAGUCACUGCACGGCUGCCAUUCUGGAGCACUGCCUUGAAGGGUUUCGUUGAACAAGUCAACCUCAGCACCUGCUUUUUUAAGCCUGGGAAUUAUGCCAUCGAGUUCUUUUUGCUGCAUCGCUGAGUUAUGGGGAUGUAAACAUACCAAC